AUGGCACAAUAUAAGAUUGCACCAACUGGUUUUACGAAUGUAGAUAUGUCAUCAGCUAAUACACCCGCAUGGACAGUUCCAUCAGAUGGUGUUUCAAAUUCAGAUGUGAAUACGUUAAUGUCAAAUAAUAAUAAAGAUCCACUGAAUUAUAAUGAACAUGCAAAUGCAUCUGCACCUGAUAUAGGCGAAUUACCGCCUAACUAUUUUGAUAUAUCAAUAGUGCCUAAUAGUGCUAUUUUACAUUAUAAUGAAGUUACUCCAUAUACUGAACCAUCCAGAGCAGAAACUGAACGUAAAAAAGAAGGUGUUCUUUCAUUUGAUCCACUUCUUGAUAAAAAUCCUGAUCAAUUAUGGCUUUAUUUUAUGACUUAUCUCAAUGAAAAACCAUGUAUAGCUGUUAAUAUUCAUGGUUAUCAUGUUGAGCAUUAUACAACAUAUGAACACCAUCGGUCAGCCGAUGGUCAGUGUCAUACGCGUGCUGUACAUCAUACUCGUAAUGUAACUGAUUUUAAUUUUACUAUUGAUUUAGCAUCGUAUGUAACACAACAAUGGUGGCGUGUAGCUGUUGUUCCAUCAAAAGAAACGAUUAAAGCUGGUCAAGCUGUUUCAUUUAGAGAUGCUCUUGAACAAUAUACACGUUCAGAAAAAAAUAUUAGAGAAAUUAAAUGUCAAAAACAAUUAGCUGGAUGGAAUUUUCAAGAAUUAAGAGAUAAAAUUCGAGCAUUAAUUUAUUCAACAGGUUAUCGAAAUCAUAUCAGUAUUAGUUUUCCUAUGGAAAAUCAUCGAAUAUUAGCUCGUUCAUCAUCAAAAAUGAGUCGUUUUUCAAAUUCAACAUUAGUUCGUGUUUUAUGUGUUAUUUCAUGUUUAUUUCUUAUCUUUGGUCCUAUUUAUCUAUGUUUACGUGCGGCAGGUUCGACACGUGAUCAAAUUGUAGCGGAUUAUGCCAUGGUAGCACCAAUUGAUACUUUUCUUCAUUUUAACUCUGGUAUGAUUGCUAAUGCAUUUGCUACUGUCAGAUACAAACUUAUUAUCGAUUAUCGUGAUAAAACGAGUAUCAUUAUGGCUGAAAAUGAUAUAGAUAUAAAACGUGGCGGUGGUUAUAUUGGUGCGUUUGGUUCUCGUAUUGAUAUGAUGGCUAAUGAAGUUGUCACUAGUUCUGGUAUUACUACAGUACCAUCAUCUCCUUAUCAUAUAACUCUAAUAACUAAAGAUGAAUUACGUCAAUUAACAACAGAUUUAUCAAAUAAAAUCGAUGAUUUAUAUGAUAAUGCAACAAAAAUCGAUACAAAACAUAUAUUUUCUCUUGGUCUUGGUGGUGAUCCAAAAGGCGUUUGUUGGGUUGUAAUUAUUUGGAAUGCAGGAAAUCUUUUUCGAAGAAAAUAUGGUCUAUCUUAUAAACAAUUUCAUAUAACAUUAAGUAAUAAUGAUGAUCAUUCAAUUGAUAAAAGUCUUUAUUCAUUACGUACAAUAUUUUCAAUUGAAAAUCUUAAUAUAAAUAUAAUUGAUCAUCUUGUUUUAUCAUAUAAUUUAUCUGAACAAUAUGAUCAAGUAUUUAUUUAUGCACGAGAAAUGUGUAAUCGUUUUCCUAAUUCUGAAAAAGGUUGGUUACGUUUAGGUGAUAUUGCACGACGAAAUGAACAAUAUAAGUUAGCAAUGUUAGCUUAUGCACAAACUAUACAUCUUAUUAAUGGACAAGAAAAUGAAAAAAUUCAAGAUUAUUGUUAUAAAAAAAUUUUUCAUUGUGCAUCAAUUUAUACUGAAUGGGAAUGUCUUUUUGGUGAAAAUGAAUUAGAUCAAAUUCCAGAAGAAUUAAAAAUAAAUUUAUUUACACCAUGGACACAAAUAAUUCGACAACGUUUUAUGAACAUUUAUUUAAAUGAACAACCACUAUUUCAUCAAAAUCCACGUGAACAUCUUCUUGUGCCUUUUAUUGAUCCACGACAGACAAAUCAAAAUUUAGAAAUGUUUUCAUUACCACGUUACUUUCGUUGGAUUGUUCCAUUUUUUUUGUCUAUCAUGUCAACUCCACGACAUGAACGUGAUAUUGAUGCUCUUGCAUCUGCUCAUAUUGGUAUUCGACAUAUUAUAACAUUAACAGAAGAAAAACCUUUACCUGAAGAAUGGUUUUUUAAUAAAACAAUUUCACAUACACAUCUUCCUAUUGAAAAUUAUCGAGCACCAACAAUUGAACAAGUUGAUUUAUUUUUUCGUUUAAUUAAUGAUCCAACUAAAACACCGUUAUUAAUUCAUUGUGGUGGUGGAAAAGGUCGAGCUGGUACAAUGAUUGCUUGUUAUUUAGCUAUAUAUGGUUUUCAAACACCAACAGCUCAAGAAUGGACACAACCAUUUAUGUCAGCUGGUGAAGCUAUUGAUAAAUUACGACAAUUAAGACCUGGAAGUAUUGAAACAGAAGAACAAGAACGAUUUAUACAUACAUUUGUUAGUACUGUAUGGAAACGACAAUCACCAUUACCACCAUUACCUACUGAACCUGAAGGAAUACCACUUGAAAUUGAAGGACAAUUAGAUGGAAAUAUUGAUUUAAUAAUGCUUUGUGGUAUACCAGGUUCAGGAAAAUCUUAUGUAGCACAAAUGAUAUUAAAUCGUGAUGAUCGUUGGACAAUUGUUUCACAAGAUGAAACAAGAUCACGUGAUAUAUGUGAACGUGAAUUAAGUCGACCAGGAAAAUAUUCUAAAGCAAUUUUAGAUCGUUGUAAUACAGAUCGUGAAGAUCGUAAACAAUGGCUUGCACUUGCACAUUGGGCACGAAAACCCAUAUGUAUUUAUUUUGAUUAUAAUCCAGAUUUAUGUAUAUCACGUGCACAACAACGUUCCGAUCAUCCAACACUUAUACCUGGUCAACGUGUACGAACAGCUGUUCAAAGUAUGCAAAGACAAAUGGAAAAACCAAAACUUGAUGAAGGAUUUAUUGCUAUAUGUACUAUACGAUCAUUUGAUGCAGCUAAUGAUUUAAUUAAACGAUUAACACCAAUUGGUAUAUUAAAAUUUUUACGUACAGGUCAUAUUAUGAAUUUAGGUGCUGCUACAGCAGAUGAUUUUUUAGUAUCAUUUAAUCAAACAAAUCAUACACCAUAUGUUGUUAUAACAGAAAAAGUUGAUGGUGCUAAUAUGGGUUUUUCAUUAUCAGUAGAUAGAGAAUUACUUGUACAAAAUCGUUCACAUUAUAUAACAUCAACAACACAUGUACAAUUUCGUCCACUUUAUACAUGGAUUGAAACACAUCGUGAAAGUCUUUAUCAUAUUUUAGAUCGUGAUAAUUCAUAUUCAGAACGAUAUAUUCUUUAUGGUGAAUGGCUUGUAGCAACACAUUCAAUACCUUAUACAAGAUUACCUGAUCGAUUUCUUGCUUUUGAUUUAUAUGAUCGUCAAACACAAACAUGGACUGAUCGUGAUAUAUUGGAACGAUUAUUUGAACAAACUAAUUUAAAUUUAGUACCAAUUAUGUAUCGAGGACCAAGACCAGCAGAUAAUAUUUUAAAAGAAAUGGUUCAUUAUCCAUCUCAAUUUUAUGAUGGUCCAGUUGAAGGUAUUUAUAUUAAAGAAGAACAAAAUGGACAAGUUAUUAAUCGUGGUAAAAUAGUACGAAGUGAUUUUACAGCUGGUAUAACUGAACAUUGGGAUAAAGCACCAAUGAAAAAGAAUGGAUUUAUAAUUGAUGGUGAUAAUAUAGACUGA